GAACCUGGGCCUAGUUUUGCAAUCCCCACCCAGAGCUGGCCAGCACAAUCUGUCCCCUGGUCACAAAACCACCCAGAGCCUGUGCUGUGUUGUGGUCCUACAGCCUUGAACGAUCCAAGGACCCCAGAGAGGACAGGGCAGCAAGCGGGAACCCGGGUCACAGUAGGAGCCACGCUGAGAGCAGGUAGGGAGUACGGGCUCAGACCCAGGUCCUUGUGCAGUAUAACAUCUGUGCACUCAAUCAGGUGUGCCACAGCCCAGCCCCAAGACAACGGACUCUUCAGAAUCAGCAGUCUGACUCCUGCUCCAGAGUCCUGCCUGAUGCCUGAAGCCAUCUCCUGUGCCCCCAUAGAUGGGACAGGAAUAGCUGUGGAGCUGUGGAGGCUGCCAGGUCAGCAGGCAGAGGAUGAAGGGGAGGCUGGAGCCAGUAAGCAGAGGGACAAGGAGGACAUCCCCGGUGAAGAAGCACAGAAACAGGAAAGAGAUAUGACAGCUGAAGAAAAGUUGGUUUUGAAGGAGUUCCCUGCUUGGAAGGAGCAACUGGAGGCAGGCAUUCAAAAGCUCCAAGUACUGGCAGACCACGUUGACAACACCCACCAAACACUGGCCAGGGCCAGCCUACUGACCAGCUUGGUGGCUGUCUUCUCAGGAGCCCUGGGCAUCCUAGGCUUGCUCCUGGGUCCAGCUGCCACAGGGGGCAGCCUGUUGCUCUCAGUUGCAAGCAGAGGGCUAGGGACAGCAGCUGGGGCCACCAGCAUGCUAACUGGCAUGUUGGCGCACUUGCACACUCAAGGUGUCAGAGUGCUAGCCCGCAGCCUGGUGUCCAGCAGUGGCCAGGGGGCUCCAGAGUCCAGGGGUAGCAAGGCCUCCUGCUUCCUGGCCAUGGGCAAGCUGGCCUGCAAUGGUGGUAGUGCCCUUUGGGAGGUCAGAAAGCUGGUACGUGCCUUCCAGGAGGUCCGGGCCCACCCUCACCUGGUGUCCGGGGGCCCUGGCAGUAGGCAGGUGCACAGGGCCACUGGGAGCUCAGCGCUGGUGGCAGCUUACUCCCUUGGCCUGGACCUGCUGCAGGGUUGGAGGCAGCCACAGGAGGACAUGGAGCUGGCACUGGCGGAAGAGCUGCGGGCCUGGGCCUGCAGGCUGCAACAGGAGCUGGCGGAGCUCACACAGCUCCAGGAACAUCUGCAGAAGCUGUUCUCUUGGAAGUAGCCCAUGGACAUUAAAUGCAACUUUGUACAAUUCAAGAAGUGGAGAAGUAAAGAGAAAAAGAAGUAAUGCACCAAUCAAGGAUGAUAACUCUUGGCAUUUCCUCUGGAAACUUUUUCCUGUGCUUUGUCUUGCUCUGGAUGUUAAAGUCAUUAGGCUGCCUCCCAGAGCACACGCCCCCCCACACACUCUCCAGACUGCAUUGUAAAACAUUUAUGUCUGCAGCCCACAGUGUUUUCUCUGUCACUCUCAACCUUACCCUGUUUGCCUUUGGUUCUGUAACUUUCUAUUUAUCUGUUUUUAUUGAGUGGUGUUUUCUUCCAUACCAUGUUUUAUUUCACUUUUAUAGGUCCUGUUUUAUAUGCGUCAAUAUCUCUUGACCAUAAGUGCAAUCUUUUCUCUGUACGUGAGUUAGUCAUUGCUCUUUAGGCAACCCAAACCAGCUCAAACUAGUUACUAGGGAGGAAAAAAAGCAAGUGGAGAAAGGGGGGGCUUACUGGUUCUGAUUCUGAGGACCCCCCCAAUCCUGAAAAGGAAGAAAGGGGUCACUGAUAGGGUUCUUGGCUUCCAGUAAAGUUAGAGAUCAGAAGCAAGCCACCACAGAAAGUGAAAGCACGUUUGUUUGGCAUAGUGUGGGAUAGAAAGCAGACUACUUCAUUGUGAAAGCAGCCCCACACCCCACUAGUGUGCAACUGACUGGUUCUUAGGGAUCUCUUGAUUAUGCUAUGUACAGGGAGGGAGUUUUCUAGGAAAGGGGUGUUGACAUCUCAGACCAGCUUGCCAUCUCCCCUUCCCUUCCCUUCCUUCCCUUACCUUACCCUACCCUUCUCCUUCCAUUUGUUCCUUCCUUCGGUCCUUCCUUCAUUCCCUUUCUUUUUAUUGCCACCACAGUUAUUGCUGGGGCUUGGUGCUGGCACUAUGAAUCCACUGCUCCUGGUGGUCAUUUUUUCCUUUUUUUUUCUUUUUCCUUUUUUUUUUUUUUUUCUAAUUGGAGAGGACAGAGAUGAAUUGAGAGAGGACAGGGAGAUAGAAAGAGGGAGAAAGAUAGACAGCUACAGAACUACAGACCUGCUUCACCACUAGGCCCCCUGCAGGUGGGGAGCAUAUACUUGAACUUGCAUUCUUGUGCUUUGUAAUAUGUGUUCUUAACCAGUGCAUCACCAUCCCUGCCCCCCAGAUGCCAUCUUUUCUUAUGCCCAAAUAUAGUCAUUUUCUGUCAUCACCAUGUAAAAUGGUCAUGGUGCAGGUCAGAGUGAUUUUCAGUAUGUUGAUGAAGGAAGAAUGAGUCUUUAGUUUAUUACUGGGGGUAUAUGCCACCAUCUUGGAUUCACCCAUCUUGGAUCUAGCCACUUUGGAUUCAGCCAUCUUGAAUGCAGCUUGCUCAAAUUGGUUUUCUGGAGCCUUCCUGUUCUUACCUUUGUUGACAAAGCUUUUCCCAUUUGCCUAGUUCAUUUAAUAUAUUCAAAAAGUUUAAGGGAAGAUAGGGUUUAAGGUGUUUCUGAACUCAGAGGAUAAAAAUGAUGUCAAUAGGCAUUAGACUUUACAUUUCUCAGACAGGUUUCUGCUAGUACACGCUAGAGAGUCCCAGCACCCUAGACUAGCUGGGUGCCCCUAAGUGGGAAAGGAGUGGGCAAAAGUCAAGGGCCCACUCUCAUUGGCCAGGACAAAGUUAUAUGACCUUACCUGUGCUGGUUGCUGGGAUGGAAGGGAACUGUAAGGUUUAUGAAUGAAGCAAGAAGUGGGUUGGGUGGUGGCACACCUGGUUGAGCGCAUAUGUUGCAAUGAAUGUAGCAAGGAAUUAGAAUAAGUUAAAACACACACACACACACACACACACACACACACACACACACAGCCACACACACACACACACACACACACACACACACACCGUAUACUGGCUGUACCUCCCUUUCACAGACCUUGUAUUAUUUCAAAAUUUUAUAUGCAUCGAGGCAAAAUGAACAAGUGUGUCAAAAGCUUGCUAAUUAUUUUUUAAUUCUUUUUUUUUAAACUGGAUACUUUUUACCCUAAGAUAAAGAAGAGGGCCUUGUGAAGCCAGAGAAGAAAGCUUUCCUCCCCGUCAUUACAAUAACCAUUUGUAGUUUAAGAAAUCUGGGAAAGAUUUUAAAAGCAGAGUGGAGAGAGAGGCACCAUCAGUGUUCUAGCCUAUAGCCUGACAGUCACUGUUUUACAGAUCUGUAGUCUAGGGAUUUCCAAUUAUGUGUGAUCCUAUGCCUAGGUCACUGUGUUUCUUGAUUUCAUCACUCUCACUUCCCUGUUAUCACGUUUUCAUGCUCAUAACUGCCAGUGAACAACUUUCUCCACAUUUAAUAUUGUUCUCUUUGUGUCUGAGUGUCCUUAUAUCAAUAGUUCCAAAUAGCCUAUCAGCUAUGAUUGGCUAUUACCAAUAGUCCUGGCACAACUAGUCACUAACCUUAAGGUUUUGUUUGUUCUGAGGGAUUUCUGAAAGAAAAAAAAAAAAGAAUGAGUCCAAGAAUGGAGAUUUGAUUUAUCCUUAUUUGCCUGAGGCCAUUUCUUCUCCUCCUUCUUCUCCCUGUCCCUCUCCCUCUGUAUCUGACUUCUAUUAGUUUGUGUGUUUUUCACUAUUUGCUGCCCUGAAUAAAUGCCUUACUAUACAGUUUUGUAGAUUUGAUUCUGCUAAAUAAAGGAAUAAAGGUGUCUCAUUAUAAGGUGGUUUUAUUGUAUUACUUUGAUGAAAAUAGGUGAUUGCAGUAACCAAUUUCAGUAAUUGAAGUGAA